UCAGACUCGAGAAUACUGUCAACAUGACGUACCCAAUCAUUCCAACAAAUAUCCCAGUACGGAGUACCCUGCAGCCCCCUCCUGAAUAGUCACAAUGCCAGUUACCACCACAUUUCCAACCCACACAUGGACGUAGACAGGAUCGCCAUCUCGCCCAAUGCCCCAGAUGCCAUUCCAGCCCUUAUCGACCAAAUUUCCUCUAGCAGGACCCUCUCCGCGGACGAUCCCAAAGCAAGAUUAAGGUUGCGGGAUGCGGCGCGAUCGCUGGCGAAUGCGCUGGAGACGCCGCGGGACGCAAUUGUGAGACAUCGCUGGUCGGAGGCUACGGGGUAUGCUGCUAUCCUGACUGCUAUUGAUUUGGGCCUAUUUGGUGAGUUGGGCGUGGGGAAGUCGAGGUCUGUUGGGGAACUUGCGGUAGUUACGAAGAGUGAUCCGGUGCUGUUGUCGCGUAUCUCGAAACACCUAGCCGCCAUGGAAGUGAUCACCGAAACAGGCCCGGAUGAGUACACUGCGACAAACCUCUCCACGACACUCAGCGUGGGCCGAUACGCAGAUGCCUUCUCUCUCCUUUCCCACUGGUUUUUCCCAGCCAUCUACGCCCUUCCCUCCUUCCUGCAAAAAGCCGGAUACCGCAACCCCAGCGACAUCACCAACUCCGCCUUCCAGCUAGGCCAUCAAACCGAGGCGCAUUUCUUCCAAUGCGCCCAAAGGAGCCCCACUCUCAACAAGCAGUUCAACAACCACAUGUCAGUCUACCAUCAAGGACGCCCCAGCUGGAUGGACCACGGCUUCUACCCCGUCGAGGAACGGCUGGUGAAAGGCGUCGAUAUCAGCACGGGGGACGUCUUCCUGGUUGAUAUCGGCGGUAGUACGGGACAUGAUCUCUGCGAGUUUCGGCCCAAGUGGCCGCAUGUUCCCGGGUGUCUUGUCCUGCAGGAUCUUCCGAAGGUUGUGGCGGCGGUGGAGAAACGUGAUUUGCCUGAGUCGAUUGAGGUUAUGGCGCAUGAUUUCUUUAUGGAGCAGCCGGUGCGAGGAGCGCGUGCGUACUACAUGCAUUCCGUCCUGCAUGACUGGCCCGACGACAUGUGUCGGAAGAUCCUUUCCAGGCUUCUUCCGGUCGUGAAACCCGGGUACAGCAAGGUGUUGAUCAAUGAGAAUGUUGCGCCGAGUCGCGAUGCGCAUUAUGAGACGACGAGUCUUGAUAUGAACAUGCUGUCGAUUUCAUCUGGGGAGCGCACGGAGAGACACUGGACUGCUCGAGGAGUCGGGAUUAUCCAGUGGGAUGUUGAUAAGAGUGCAUCCGGCCAUCCAGUGAGAAGAGAUGGAUAGCGGGUUGAUAAGGAACUGACGCCAAAGUGGGUCGCAGUGGAUAGCAGCACGGAGGAGACACCGAGCAUCGUCGUGCUAACUACACGCGAGCUCUGUAGAGCAGACGAAGACAGCUACUGCUGCUGGUGCUGCUGCUUGGACUGCCAUUGGCAAGGAGCGG